AUCUUCUUCUGCAAACACCAUGAGCUCAAUUCUUGAGAGCUUUCAGAAGCGAAGCUUCUUUCCAUCCAGACCCGUAAAUGAAGACCUCCCUGUCUGUCAAAAGAGCCCAAAAGAUCAAGGAUUGCGUCGAAGGCUCUCGUCAAUUUCCCUGAGAAUCAACUCCAUUCCAUCCUCUGCUUCAUCAUUCAAGUUUCUUCCCAGAUCCAAAUCAAUGUCAGCUAUCGGUGAAUCAGCUGGAGGAUCUAUAAGAAAAUGGUGGGAUUGGGGAUGGGCUUGGAUCCAAUCAAGAAAACCUGUAUUUGCUAAAGAUCUAGAGAUGAACGAAGAGGAAAUCGCCAUGCUUGGUAACCAUAACAAGGGUAGCUGGAAACAUGUGUUCUACAAGGUAAGAUCUGAGUUCAGAAAGCUUAUGGGUUCUGAUAACGUUGGUUUACCUCAGACCCUCAGGUACGACUCUUACAGUUACUCUCAGAAUUUCGAUGAUGGCAAGAAGACUCGAGGAUAGUUAAAGCCACUCAAAUCUGCACAUUGGUGUCUUCUUUUUGACAAAUUAAGAUCAAGAAAUAGGAGUUCUUCUGGUUUUGUUGAAUUAGUAUUUUUUGUGGGUGGGUUUAAUUAUUUGUUCAAUCCAUGGAGAUUAUUAAUUUUUUUGGUUGGAACUUGGAAGUCAGUGAAUUGGGUUUGGUGGCCAUGAAAAUGUAAUAUUGAGGAAGGUGAAGGUGGCGUGAAAGUUGGAUCGUAUGGGUCAUAGGCUUCGAAUUGCUCGGUUGUAAAUUAUCUAUAUUUUUGCAUUUCUACAUAAU